AAACUUGUCCCAGUCGUUAUUCCCGUUUUAAUAAAAUCCUUCCUUUGCCUCUUUCGGGGGAAGCUCAGUUAUCUCCCAAUUAAACAGAUCUAGGGUUUUCGUUGUAGCUGAGCGAUAUGGAUGCCUUGGACUCCGUCUUUGAUCCUCUCAGAGAUUUCGCUAAGGAUAGCGUCCGCCUCGUUAAGAGGUGCCACAAGCCGGACCGCAAGGAAUUUACCAAGGUCGCGUUCCGUACUGCAAUUGGUUUCGUGGUGAUGGGAUUCGUCGGAUUCUUCGUGAAAUUAAUCUUCAUUCCGAUCAACAACAUCAUUGUCGGUUCUGGUUAGGCCUCGUGGAUUAUUGACAAUUCUAUGGGAUGUAAGCGGUUCAAUUGAAAGUUGUUUUUGAAGAGGAAUGCUUAGCAUUUUGGAUUUCUUAGGUAAUGUUUUGAUAUGUACGCGAUACUCGAGUUAAACCAGGAAAUUAUGAAUUUAAAGCUUCAGCUCUUUUA